AUGGAGAGAGAUAUAAUAGAGUUUACGCUUCCGCCAGCUCCACGAGGAUUGUGUUUUGACCGAAAUGAUUUCGUCAAGACUAACUUUUCAGUGGAUACAUUCUUGGCUGAACAUAAAGAUGUGGCCUCCUUAGAAACUAUGCGUGACGAUUUGGGCGUGUACCUAAAAGUGUUACGAUUCGCGAUGAUAGAGCUUAUAAACAAGGAUUAUGCCAACUUCGUUAAUCUAUGUGCUACAUUAAUUGGUUUUGAUAAAACAAUCGUUAAAAUUCAAGCCCCGUUAGGUCAAUUACAUGAGGAAGUUGAAGACGUAAAAAAAUUUAUUGAAGAAGCUAUGCAUGAAUUGUCAUUGUGGUUAAACCAAAGACAUGCUCUUAUAAAAAAGAAACAACUGCUAAAGUUUUACAGUCAAACAAUUAAUUGCCUGAAUUCUCUAGAUAAUAUACUACAAGAUAUUACAGACAAGACACGACAGGAACAAAUAAUCUUAGCUGAUAGAGCAGCUAUGGAGUAUAAUCAGUUAAAAUUUUCAAUAGGAAAAUGUGAUAGUGUAACAAAACCACAACAUAAAAAGCAAUACAAUGAAGUUGGAAGCAGGCUAAUUCAGAUAUUAAAUGAUCUAAUCUUUCAAUUUUGGAAUGAUAGAAAUGAAGACAACUUACUGAAAACACUGAUGAUUUUAACAUCAUUAAAUAGGAUUACAGAAACAGAAAUGUUAAUAAGAAAGCAAGCAGUAGCCCCAUUAUUACAAGAAAUCAUAAGUGAGCCCUCUCUACAAAGAAGUAAAGAGGGCCUCAAUGGGAUAUUUGAAAGAAUAUUCUCUUUACUAGAUACAAAACUGAUGUUGCUAUUAAAAGUAACUCAACAUUCCAAGUUAACGUUUCAAAUGCAAAAAUUUAGGUUUUUAGUUAACUGUUUUUGGUGUGAAAUUGAACACCGUUUAGAAGUCAAUCUUGCAUCUAUAUUUGCACCUGGAAAUCCUCAGUUAUUUUAUAGGCGUUACACGGAAAGUAUGCAUUUUAUCAAGAAACUUGAAACAUAUUGUCAUUGCAAUGAAACUGUUAAAUUACUACAUUCUACAGCAGAGUAUAAAAGUUUUCAACGAAGGUGGAACCUCCCUGUUUACUUUCAAAUACGUUUUCAAGAAAUAGCAGGUGGCUUUGAAGCAAGUUUGAAAUUAAAACCAGUGCAACAGAGCAACAAUGAAUUUGUGCUAGAAGAAACAUCCAAAUGUUGGAAGGCAUUACAAGACUGUUGGUCAGAGGGUAUCUUUAUUGAAGCUUUAUCCCACAAGUUUUGGAAGUUAUCUCUACAACUUUUAUCAAGAUAUUGUUCUUGGAUAAAAUCAUACUGUACACAAAAAUCAAGAGAUGUGGAUGUAAUGACUGUUAAUAGAAGCCUUAUAACAGAUUGUUUAAAUAUAUAUGUUGAUACUCUCACUUUACUACACAAGUUGCCAAGCUUUAUACAGAAUGUAGAGAGCAAAGUAUCAAACCAAAAGGUUAAAAUGUUAAUAAAGCAAAGUAUAUUGACCUCUGAAAAGCUUAUCCAUGAAAAUAAAGCAAUAAUUAAAGCAUGUAUGGUCAAAGAAUUAUUUGAUUAUUUAAAUAUGCAGUUGAAACAAGUAAGUGAUAUACCUCGGCUAUACCGUAAAACUAAUAGAAGUGUACCUACAAAGCCUUGCACUUAUAUUGAUUUAAUUAUAAAGACAAUUAAGGACUUUAGAGAAGACUCUGAAAGAAGACUGGAUAAUGCAUUUUUGGUUGAAAUUUUUGAAUCACUAUUUAACACAAUGACAGAAUCAUAUUGUAAAUUUGUAGAAGAUGUUCUUACAUCUGUUCAAAAGACAGAAGAAUCACUAAGAAGACUGAAACAAAUCAGAGAAUUAUCAUCACAACAAAACAGUGAAACUGCUGGAAUAACAGAUGGUGAUAAAAUUAGAUUACAAUUGAAUGUUGAUGUUGUGUGCUAUAGUAAAUUAGCACACUCUCUAAACAUAAAUUUAAAUAAUGUGCACAAGUUAUCAGAAUUAACUUCUAUGACAUUGGAAGCUGUUAAAAAUAUAGAAAAUAAAUGA